AGCGCGCGGGCGGCCCGAGCCUCGGCAGCGGCGACGGCGGCGGCGCUGACACCUCCCACCAUGGACAGCUUCGACUUAGCCCUGCUCCAGGAAUGGGACCUCGAGUCGCUGUGGGGUGAAGACAUCUUAAACCAGAGGAAUGACUCCCUAGUUGUGGAAUUUCAGUCGUCAGCCAGCAGAUGCAGGAGUGUCUAUGAACCAGAUAGAAAUGUGUUACGGAGGAAAGAACGGGAAAGAAGAAAUCAGGAAACUCAACAGGAUGAUGCAACCUUUAAUUCGAGUUACUCCCUCUUCAGUGAACCCUACAAGACAAACAAGGGGGAUGAGCUCUCCAACCGGAUUCAGAAUACGUUAGGCAAUUACGAUGAAAUGAAAGACUUUCUGACUGAUAGAUCUAAUCAGAGUCACCUUGUUGGCGUUCCCAAACCUGGCCUUCCUCAGGCUUCUGUGAACAAGAUCGAUGAACAUUUUGUUGCAGAUUCAAGAGCCCAGACCCAGCCCUCAUCUGUCUGUAGCACUGCAUCUUCCACACCAGCAUCUAUCCCCGUGCAGCAGAGUAAGAGGGGAACCAUGGGCUGGCAGAAGGCUGGGCAUCCACCAUCCGAUGGCCAACAGAGAGCAACACAACAGGGCUCUCUCAGGACCUUGCUUGGAGAUGGAGUUGGCAGACAGCAACCACGGGCCAAACAAGUGUGCAAUGUAGAGGUGGGUCUUCAGACCCAGGAAAGACCUCCUGCUAUGGCAGCCAAGCACAGUGGUGGUGGACACUGUGUUCAAAACUUUCCUCCAUCCCUGGCUUCAAAACCCAGCCUGGUCCAGCAGAAACCAACUGCCUAUGUGCGGCCGAUGGAUGGCCAAGAUCAGGCUCCUGAUGAGUCUCCGAAGCUUAAGUCAUCCACGGAAACCAGCGUGCACUGCACGUCGUACAGGGGAGUCCCAGCCACCAAGCCAGAGUCCGCCAGAGCCAAAGCCAAGCUUUCCAAGUUUAGCAUCCCCAAACAAGGAGAGGAGAGUAGAUCUGGAGAAACCAAUAGCUGUGUGGAAGAAAUAAUUCGGGAGAUGACCUGGCUCCCACCACUUUCUGCUAUUCAAGCACCUAGCAAAGUGGAAACAAGCAAAUUUUCAUUUCCAAAUAAGGACUCUCAGCUUGUUUCCUCAGGACACAAUAAUCCAAAGAAAGGUGAUGCUGAGCCAGAGAGUCCAGACAAUGGCACCUCAAAUACAUCAAUGUUAGAAGAUGACCUUAAGCUAAGUAGUGAUGAAGAAGAGAAUGAACAGGCAGCCCAGAGAACUGCUCUCCACGCUCUGUCUGACAGCGCUGUGGUCCAGCAGGCCAAUUGCCGAUCCUCUGUGCCUUCCAGCAAGGGCAGCAGCAGCGGCAGCAGCAGCAGCGGCAGCAGCUCCUCCAGUGACUCGGAAAGCAGUUCAGGAUCGGACUCCGAGACAGAGAGCAGUUCUAGUGAGAAUGAGGGCAGCAAGCCACCCCACUACUCCAGCCCCGAGGCCGAACCAGUGUCCUCUAACAAGUGGCAGCUGGAUAAAUGGCUAAACAAAGUUAAUCCCCACAAGCCUCCGAUUUUGAUCCAAAAUGAAAGCCACGGGCCAGAGAGCAAUCAGUACUACACCCCAGUGAAAGACGAAGUGCAGGACUGUGGGAAACUGCCCGAUGUUUGCCAAGCCAGCCUGCGAGAGAAGGACAUCAAGAACGCCUGCAAGGAGGAGCAGAGACCAAGGACAGCAAAUAAGGCCCCAGGGAAUAAAGGGGUGAAGCAGAAGUCCCCGCCCGCAGCGGUGGCCGUGACCGGGGCUGCCCCCGCGCCGGCGGUGCCCGGUGCCCCCUCCUCGGAGAGCGCGCCCGCGCCCGCCCGGAGAUCCACAGGCAAGAAGCCCACCCGGCGCACGGAGAGGACCUCCGCCGGGGACGGUGCCAACUGCCACCGGCCUGAGGAGCCGACAGGCACCGAGGCGCUGGGGGCGAGCGUGGUGACCCCUCCAGAGCCCACCAAAACCAGGCCCUGCGGCAACAGCAGAACCAGCCACAGAAAGGAGCUGCGCUCCUCGGUGACCUGUGAGAAGCGCCGCACGCGCGGGCUGAGCAGGAUCGUGCCCAAAUCUAAAGAGUUCAUCGAGACAGAGUCGUCCUCUUCGUCCUCCUCCUCGGACUCGGACCUGGAGUCGGAGCAGGAGGAGUACCCUCUGUCCAAAGCACAGGCCGUGCCGGCAAAUGCCGCGGUCUCCGGGCAUGACCAGAGGCUGAAGGAGGCUCCCAACAGCAUCAGCAGUGGCUGCGGCCCCCGGGCCCCUGUGGGCUCCAUCAACGCCAGGACCACCAGUGACAUCGCCAAGGAGCUAGAGGAGCAGUUCUACACGCUGGUGCCCUUUGGCCGCAAUGAACUUCUCUCCCCCUUGAAGGACAGUGAUGAGGUCAGGUCUCUCUGGGUCAAAAUUGACCUGACCCUCCUGUCUAGGAUCCCAGAGCACCUGCCCCAGGAUCCGGGGGCCUUGAGCGCCCCUGCCGCCAAGGACCCCGAGGGUGCACCUGCAAGUCACUCCUCAGACACACCCACUGAAAAGGCUUUGCCAAAAUCUAAGAGGAAACGCAAGUGUGACAACGAAGACGACUACAGGGAGGUCAAGAAGACCCAGGCAGAGAAAGAGAGCUCCUCACGACUGACCACAUCUGCCAGUAAUACCUUGUCUGCAAACCACUGCACCAUGAAUAUCAACAGCUUGGCAAUACCAAUAAAUAAAAAUGAAAAAAUGCUGCGGUCACCCAUCUCACCCCUCUCUGAUGCAUCUAAACACAAAUACUCCAGCGAGGACUUAACUUCUUCCACCAGAUCAAGUGGCAAUGGUCUGUUCACUUCUGCCUCCUCCAGCAAAAAGCAUAAGGCUGAGAACCAGCUGCAGUCUCAUGUCGGAGAUUUCACAAAAGCAGCUCACAAUUCCGAGAAUGUUCUCCUUCACAAGUCACGGCCACAAACAGAGCCAUGGUCUCCAGGUUCCAAUGGCCACAAGGACUGCAAGAGACAGAAGCUUAUCUUCGAUGAUAUGCCACGCAGUGCAGAUUAUUUUAUGCAAGAAGCUAAACGGAUGAAGCAUAAAGCAGAUGCAAUGGUGGAAAAAUUUGGAAAGGCUUUGAACUAUGCUGAAGCAGCCCUGUCAUUUAUUGAGUGUGGAAAUGCAAUGGAACAAGGCCCAAUGGAAUCCAAAUCUCCUUACACCAUGUAUUCAGAAACAGUAGAGCUCAUCAGAUAUGCAAUGAGACUAAAAACCCACUCAGGCCCCAAUGCAACACCAGAGGAUAAACAGCUGGCUGCAUUAUGUUACCGAUGCCUGGCUCUCCUAUACUGGCGGAUGUUUCGACUCAAAAGGGACCAUGCUGUAAAGUAUUCGAAAGCACUUAUCGACUAUUUCAAGAAUUCAUCUAAAGCUGCCCAAGCCCCAUCUCCAUGGGGGGCCAGUGGAAAGAGCACUGGGACUCCAUCCCCCAUGUCUCCCAACCCCUCCCCCACCAGCUCAGUGGGCUCUCAGGGGAGCCUCUCCAAUGCCAAUGCUCUGUCUCCUUCAACCAUUGUCAGCAUCCCACAGCGCAUCCACCAGAUGGCUGCCAACCAUGUCAGCAUCACCAACAGCAUCCUCCACAGCUAUGACUACUGGGAGAUGGCAGACAACCUGGCCAAGGAAAACAGAGAAUUCUUCAAUGACCUGGAUCUGCUCAUGGGCCCUGUUACCCUGCAUAGCAGCAUGGAGCACCUGGUUCAGUACUCCCAACAGGGCCUGCACUGGCUACGUAACAGCACCCACUUGUCAUAGGGACCUUGCUCCUGAGCUGGGCUGUGCUCUCAUCUCCAUGGAUGGCUCAACAUUUCUGGACACUGUGCUACUGAAAUUUCCAGCCACAGCAUUUAUCAAACUGCAGUGAACAUUUUCUCAGCAUCAAACAAUGGUCUUUUCCAGGGCAUGUGUGUCUGUGUGUGUGGAUGUCUAAGAAGCUAACUGUGUAUGUGUGAGAUACAUAGCUCUUUAGAACAUAUAUUCUUUGUCUAGUUUCCAUAAUCCCAGGCUAGACAAAAUGAUCAGAAGUUUCUGAUUAGAGAAGAUACACUUACCCACACACACAAACACACCUACACACACACACACACACACACUUUCUAUUUUAAAGCUAAACCAUAACUUCUGAAAACAUUCAACCAAAAUCUCAUGGGUUAGUUAACCAGGUGCAGUGCAGCACACCAAAAGCUUGACUGCCAAUUAAGAUGAACCUAAUUCUUAUGAUAUUGAUUACUUUCAGUAUUAAUGUUCUAUUCCCUGAUUAUUUUUUUGACUGUAUGUAUGAAUUGGUAAUUGAAUAAUGAAAAAGUUAUUUUUGUGCUGAACGUUUACUAGGUUGCAUGUUACCAAGUCCCCUGCCAUUCGUCUGCUACCCACCGCCAUCCAAUUUGAUUAUCAGCUAAAUGAGUUUAUAAGCAAAGGGUUUCAGCUUCCACAGGUCUGCCCUGCCCUACCCCCAAAUAACUUUGAAAAUAGCACUGAGGUUUAGUUGAAGAAGAAAAAAAACUUAGUGUCUUCAAAAGUCGAUCAACAUUAAAGCAGCAACAACUAUGUUUUGUAGCUAAGUUAGAAAUUCAAAUCUUCUACCCUUGUAACACAAGCCCCCCCCCCCACCCAGCACAUGUUUCCUCUUUCUGCCACUGUGACAUGGUGGCUGUCGAGCCAUGUGGCAUUUGUUGGCCAAUGUUUUCCAUGUCUUUUCUUCCACAAUAGCUUUCUUCCAAGUUUUCUUGACCAAAUUAGGACAUUACCUAGAAUGUCCUGUCACUAGGAGUCUAUGUGUUGCUGACCUGAGAAUUAUUUGCUAUCAAAUUACUGUCUAAUCCUCUUACUCUUUGUGCAGAGCAGGCCUUUAAUGCAUGUUGAUCUGGGGGAUGUGUUUCAAGCUUUGUUUAUCAAGCUGCUCACUGUGCAGGUAAGUCAUUCCUGCCGUGAUCACAGUUCUGUUUGGGGGAGCGAUGACUAGAAUAUCAUGCUUCCACCCUGUGCUUCUGGUAUGUUUACAUCUUGCCCUGGAGUCCUUUUUUUUUUUUUUUCAAUUAAGUUUACAUUUUAGUUUUUAGACAUCUUGUUUACAAUUUCUGUCUGAAAUAUAUUUCUUUUAUAGUCUCUUGUCAUGCCCUAGAUUUAGUCUUCUUAUUAAACAUGUUUGGAUAUAGAAAUAUUGGUAAAAUGAAAAACAACUCCAGAAAAGAAAAAUUGACCUGGUCACACUUUAUGAGCAAAAAUAAUGUCCUUGAGGCCUCUUGCUUGACAAAAUUGCACUAGGAAAGUCUGACAAAGACACACCUGUCUGAUAUGGUAUGUGGAGUAAUCCAUUUUUCAAGGUUAUUGGUGGCACAAAACAUUUAUAAUCAGUCUUCAUAUUUGCUUUCACUGGUGGUGAAAUUCAAACAGUACAGAAAUCUGGAAGGUUUGGUUGCAAUGUUAACAUUUUUGUCAGCCUGAUCGGUAGGUAAGAAAUAAGAUGGCUAUAAUUUCCUCACUCUUGGCACCGAUUCAGAAACUGUACAAGUAGUUGAACAACUUUGGUGAGUUGAAAUUAAUUAAAAAUGAGCAAGUGAAGAGUUUGUGAAAUUUAUACUUGGCUUUGGACUUUAAGCAUCUGGAAAUAGUAACAGUAUUUCUAUUUCACUUUUACCCAAAGGAGGUACUCUCUACAUCCCUUUCACUAAUUUUUGGCAGAGUUCAUGAUCCCAUCCUAUGUUGGAAAUUUAUGUCUAAUCUAAGAAACUUUGAAUUCUCUUUUUGGAGGACUGAGGCUUAGAUCUACUUAUUCUUGAUGAAUUUUGAUGAAAUGAUCAAACUCUUACAUAAAAGAAUGACUGUCAGGGUCCAUCAUGCAUCCCAAAGUGCUUUACUGCUCUUGCCCAUCUUUAAAGUUGCAGACUUUGGGGCAGUCUCCAUGUGAUGUGCUUACCCAGCUAAGUACAUGGGUGGCCUCUGGCUGAUUGUGCCAGCACUAUUUUAUCAGCAAUAUGGUCAUCCAUAUUUCCCAGCAAAACUUGAAAUUUGUUAUUGGAGGGAUGGUCAGAGUGUGUAACUUCACUCACUGUGCGCCUUUCAUCAGUAGAGCUUGUAGGGGUAAUGGUUUUUGUCGUUUUGGUGUAGAUGUUUGGUAAGGAGUCAUCUUCUGAUGCUGCCUGUGAAAGUCAUUUAUAAUUUGUUGCUUUUAUUUUAUAGUAUUCACAGUAGAAAUAUUUUUCUUGUAUUUUCUGAUUAUAAAAGUAAUAUUUGAUCUUUGUGAAAAUCCAAACAAUACAGAAAUCUGUAAAGUAGAAAGUCCCAUCUCCUGGAAACAACUACUGCUCAUAGUUUCAUAUAUGUCCUUCUAGAACGCUCCCAUUUAAACAUGAAAGGUAUAUUAUCAUUUCUUUCUAUUUGAAGACAUAUUAUCUCUUCACAAGUUCAACUGACCUUAUCCUUCCAGGACCUGCAUAGAGGUCACCCUAUAUCACAAUGUAAGAGUAAUUUUUGAAAGAGAGUAACCCAAAUGCAUUCCUCAUCAAAAAUUGGGAUUUGUUACAACUCACAGAUCAGACUGACAUGCAGAAUUGUGCCUAGAAAGAGAGGUUUGGUUAAAACAUAUUUCUGGAAAUUCAAAUUUCAAAUGGAAAUGUGGACCGACUAUCUGAAGAGGAAUGUACUGGAAAAAUAUUCUGAAGAGUUGACAAAUUGUGUACUAGACUGAACACAUGGAAUGCAAUGCAAUGAGACUUUCUGCACUGAAACUUAUCCUAGUAUGUACAACAAUGAUGUGUGUAUUAUAGAACAGUGAUGUGUACAUUUCUACAUCCCACACAUAAUAUGCACAGUUUGUAUAAAUGCAUACAUUUAAAAAUAUAUAUGUACAAUACCGCUAACAUAAAACUGUAGUAUGCCUGAAGGAUAUUACUAGUGCCUAAUAUUGAGUAUAAGUCACUGCGUGUUCACAUCACCUUGGAAGUGCAGUAAUUGUUAUAAAACUAAUCAGUGCAGCCAACAUUAUUUAUGAAUCACAUCUUUGAAACUGUGCAGUAGUAUAUACAUAUAUAUUUUUAAAUAACAUUUUUCACAGUUUUCCAGAGUUACUGUUGAAAUCUGUAUCGCCAAAAAAAAGCAAGAUUUUUUUAAUGAUGUAGACACUCUUCAGACCCAGUAAUCUGUGUGUGAUUUCCUGUUUGUAGAUACCCAAGAGACUUUAGCAGUCACCAGCCUUAAUGCAUGUACAGGAUAUAAUUGUGACUUAAUUUAUCUGCAGUUUUUAAUCCAUGUGAAAUUGGAAUUUAUAAACUGACUUGGAUUAAAUAUGUCUGCCUUUCUAAGGUUGCAAAUGUUACAUUAAAUGAUUUAUGUUGUAAA